AGCAACACAUCAUAGAAAAAAAGAGAACACAUACAAAAUGAAGAUGUCUAACUCAAUAGCAUCCUUUGUUCUGCUGCUCAUUCUCAUUUCAACAAAUUGUUUGUGUUCUGAAGCACAACAGUGUCGUCCAAGUGGGAGAAUCAUGGGAAAGAAGCCUCCUCCUGGAGAAUGCAACAAAGAGAAUGAUUCAGAUUGUUGUGUGCAAGGCAAGGCGUACACAACAUACAAAUGUUCGCCAGCAGUUUCAAGGCACACAAAGGCCGAACUCACUCUGAAUAGUUUUGAAAAGGGUGGAGAUGGAGGUGGCCCUUCAGAAUGUGACAACCAGUACCAUUCCGAUGACACACCGGUAGUCGCACUCUCCACCGGAUGGUUCAACGACAGGAGUAGGUGCCUCCACAACAUCACCAUCAGUGGAAAUGGCAAAAGCGUGGUGGCUAUGGUGGUCGACGAGUGUGACUCAACCAUGGGAUGUGAUGAAGACCAUGAUUAUCAACCACCUUGUUCCAACAACAUUGUUGAUGCCUCCAAGGCUGUCUGGAAAGCCUUAGGUGUGCCUCACAAUCAGUGGGGUGGAUUAGAAAUUACAUGGUCUGAUGCUUAAUCUAAUUAAUGCUACUAUACUAGUACAUGCCUGCCUUCUAUCUAGCUAUUCUCUAUGUGUUAUGUUGGUUAAUUAAUUUGUCUAGUGUGUCAUGUAAAAAUUGUUAUGGUAUAAUGUAAUAUACUAGCUAAUAUAUUUCUUUACAUGGUAUUGUUCUA